AUGUCAUCUUUAAGCGGAAGCAAGAUGUGCUCUGAUAAAGUAUGGGGAACUGUCCGCAAAUUUCAUAACAAAAGAGCAAAACAAUCUCACUCAGCCGAUCUAAUUUACCAAAAUAUAACUAGCAACAGCGAUCACGACAAGGUCAAUUUGUUUGCGUCAUAUUUUGAAAAUGAAAUAUUUGUUGAGAAGCCCGAUCAUCUACCAUUCCAUAAUCAAGUUAGAAAAAAGGUCGACCGAAUCAAAAGAAUAUUAAAAGGGCCAGUCAAUAGAAUCUUAACAUCUCCAAUAACUAUCAAAGAAAUAAAAACAAUUCUAAAACAGUUCCCAAACAGUUCACCCGGUCCUGAUUCCAUACACAAUCGUUGUCUUAAAAAUUAUACAGCAUUACUAUUUCAACAUCUUGAAAAGAUAUACAACUCUAUCAUAGAUAUUGGACAUAUUCCAAAUAUUUGGAAAAACACCAACAUCAUUCUUUUACUUAAAAAGAAAAAAGAUAAAAAGCAACCAUCAAGCUAUCGUCCAAUCAGCUUUCUAAGUUGUAUAGGAAAAAUUCUAGAGAAAAUCAUCAAACAACGGAUGGCAAAAGAAUUAAACGAAAGAAAAAUUCUUCCUAUACAUCAAGCGGGGUUUCGAGAACACAAAAGUACAAUGUAUAAUAUCUACCGCCUCGAAAGAUUUGCACAUGAACACCUAGAUAAACGACAACAUGCAGCAGUAAUUUUUUUCGAUGUCAAAGCAGCAUUUGAUACCGUUUGGUUUGACGCAUUGAUUUACAAGCUAUACGAUCUGCGUUUACCAAGUUAUUUAAUUCGAUAUAUUGUAUCAUUUCUCGAUAAUCGGACUGCUUCAAUAGAAAUAGAAAAUAGUCUAUCAAAACCGUUCUUAUUGAGAAGUGGAACACCACAAGGGUCACCAUUAUCUCCUUUGUUAUAUAUACUAUAUACGAGUGAUUCAAUGAAUUGUAUUCAUCAACAUACUGAACAUGGACUAUUUGCUGAUGACACAGCAUUAUGGGCGUCAUCGAAUACCAUUACAAAUCUUAAAAACCGACUUCAAUCAUCAAUAAAUGAAUUCCAAAAUUAG